AUGUUUCUCAUCGCUUGUUUCACGUACUUCUUGAGUCUUUCAGUGCUUGUAUCAUGCAGCCAUCACUCUGCUAUUCCAAUCAUGGGACAAUUUUCUUCCAACGACAGGCAGUCACUUAGAUUAUUCUUCGAUUUACACACUCCCGAUUCUGCCAAGGAUCACACGAAACUCUAUCAUAUCUUGAUGGGCUUGUAUUCCAUUGGUGAAAAUAUAAAGGAAAAGACCAAGUUUUGUUCCACCUUCCUGGCUCCAAUAACAACAACUGAUUUUGCACUUCACCAUUCAUACGGUUUAACGAGGUUGGGCCUACUAGAUUGCAAGCACUCCGGAUUUACUUCUACUCCCAUUGUAAUCAGUGCAUGCCAUACGCGAAACGCUUUAUCUCCCAUGUUUCUCAUCGCCUGUUUCACGUACUUCUUGAGUCUUUCAGUGCUUAUAUCAUGCAGCCCUCACUCUGCUAUCCCAAUCAUGGGACAAUUUUCUUCCAACGACAGGCAGUCACUUAGAUUAUUUUUUGAUCUACACGCUCCCGAGUCUGCCAAAGAUCAUACGAAACUCUAUCAUAUCUUGAUGGGCUUGUCCUCCAUUGGUGAAAAUAUAAAGGAAAAGAACAAGUUUUGUUCCACCUUACUGGCUCCAAUAACAACAACUGAUUUUGCACUUCACCAUUCGUACGGUUUAACGAGGUUGGACCUUCCAGAUUGCAAGGUAACUGUCCGUUUUGCUUAG